UUGGCACAUUUUUUCAGGAGGAGGAUUAGGGCAGCUACAGCUCGCAAAGAACGGAUAUGGCCAGAUGGUGUGAUACCGUACGAGAUCUCGACGAAUUUCUCAGGUAACUCAACAUUUCGGAACAGCUGUUCCACUCCUCAGCGGGCAAUGCGCCACUGGGAGAACCACACGUGUAUCUCGUUUAUACCGCGUCAGUCACAUCAUCAGCACUACAUCGUCUUCACUGUUGACAAAUGCGGGUGUUGCUCUUAUGUGGGCAGAAAAAGCGAUGGCCCUCAAGCGAUUAGCAUUGGUAAAAAUUGUGAUAAAUUUGGAAUUGUUGUACACGAACUGGGUCAUGUGAUUGGCUUUUGGCAUGAGCACACACGAUUAGAUCGUGAUCAGUAUGUCGAUAUAUUUUACAAAAAUAUCCAGCAAGGUGACAGACGCUCUCCUUGCUCCGAGAAGAAACUGAACCAGGGUGCUGUUUUAGCACAAGACUACAAUUUUGAAAAGCUGAAGGCGGAUGAAGUGGAUUCAUUGGGCGAGCACUAUGAUUUUGCUUCUAUAAUGCAUUAUGCACGCGAUACAUUCUCUCGAGCGAUAUAUCUGGAUACAAUACUGCCAAAAGGGAAGUUUGGUCGACGUCCAGAAAUUGGACAACGUGUACAGUUAUCGUCUGGUGACAUCUUGCAAACCAAAAAACUUUAUAAAUGCGCAGCAUGUGGCGCGACGUUAGUGGGCGAAUUUGGAGAGCUGCGUUUGGAUGGUGGUAUCUCGUGUCAAUGGCGCAUUAUCGCUUCUUUUGGGGAAAGUGUAGUUCUGAACAUUUCAACGUUUUCUUGGCCGCCGCCGAAAAGAGACUGUGCAUCGGAAAGGAAUAAUUAUCUGGUCGUGAGAGAUGGGCAUUUUGCUGGCUCACCAAUUUUAGAUAAGUUGUGUGGUGGCGUCGUAUCAAGAACGAUAUUUUCUACUGGAAAUAGGCUUUUUAUUCAAACGCAAACUUCCUACCCUUUGUACUCAAUUUUUGCCCAAUACAUCGGUAUGCGUUCGACGUUUUAGGA